GGGCACCGGCCGGUGGGGGCUUCGUCCGCUUUGCCGAGUGGGAGGGCGGAGUGCGGGGUCAGUACGGACGAAGAGAGCCGAACGGGGACUGCAUCGAUGGCAUUUGCCAGUGUUUGGUCACCGGAUCGAAGUAGCCUCCGAGAUUUGAGCGGUCGCCCCCUGGAUGGCCCACAGCACAGCCCGGCACAUACGCGUUUGUUGAGUGAAUAAAAACUCUUCCCAACUGCCGUAGAACCCCGAACUCCUGUGAGACCUCGUUUGGAAUUUUUACUCAUGUGUUGUCUGGUGUGUGCUGUUGACCCGACCCCCGGAAGACUUGAACUCGUAACGUUGCUGUUUGCCCCAUGACGGCCAAAGUAAUGCCGUAGGCGUAACAGAUAAUGCACAAACGUUUUUCAACUGAAAGCUGAAGCGAUUGUGGCAUUUUGAUCCUUUAGCGUCAGAUGUAAUUACUUUUUACAUCCUGAAUAUAAGUAGUUGUUAUAAAACACAGCUAUUGAAUGCUCCCGAUGUGUGGACACGUACUAAAUUACAGGGCAUAUGUCAUUUAAUCGUCACAGUAUUUCUACAAGCUGGUGUUGAUUUUCCUCCAUUUGCAGUUGAAGACAUUGAGGCUCAGCCUGCCUUCAUACCCUGCCCUGUUCGAAUCCGAAAGCCAAGGAUUAAACCGACACUGUCCAGAGCAGGUAGACGUCCUUUGCUUCUCAGAUGUAAUGCACUUUAAGUUUGUUAUUCAACAGUGAAAAUGAGUCAUACAGAGGUUAAAUUAAAAAUACCUUUUGGAAAUAAAUUACUAGAUGCUGUUUGUUUGGUACCUAACAAGACCUUAACAUAUGGAAUAAUUCUUACACAUGGAGCAUCAGGAGAUAUGAAUCUUCCUCAUUUGAUGUCACUGGCAUCCCAUCUUGCAUCUCAUGGUUUUUUUUGCCUGAGAUUUACCUGUAAAGGCCUUAAUAUUGUACAUAGAAUUAAGGCAUAUAAAUCAGUUUUGAAUUACCUGAAGACCUCUGGAGAAUACAGACUUGCAGGUGUUUUCCUUGGAGGUCGUUCAAUGGGCUCAAGAGCAGCUGCUUCUGUAAUGUGUCAUACUGAGCCAGAUGAUUCUCAUGGUUUUGUUCGAGGUCUCAUUUGUAUUUCUUAUCCACUGCACCAUCCAAAGCAUCAUCAUAAACUCAGAGAUGAAGAUCUCUUUCGUAUUAAAGAUCCUGUACUGUUUGUGUCAGGCUCAGCAGAUGAAAUGUGUGAAAAGAACUUGUUGGAGAAAGUGGCACAGAAAAUGCAAGCUCCCAAUAAAAUCCACUGGAUUGAGAAGGCAAAUCAUUCCAUGGCAGUGAAAGGACGGCCAACAAAUGAUGUUUUCAGAGAAAUAAAUACACAGAUUUUGUUUUGGAUCCAAGAAAUCACUAAUAUGGACAAGAAAUAGUUGUCAUCAGUUAAAAACCAUGUUAUUUUGAAUAUAAGUACAGUUAAUUUGAUAAAGAAUAGUAUACCCUCAGCAUUAUGAGAUAUAUUUCAGACUAAUUUAAUGUUCUUUAAUGUUCCUCUAUUUUUAAAACACAUUUUGUGAUAUGAUGUCCUUUUCAAAAUGUCUUUUAAAGCACUGUUAUAUAAAGAUGAUGUACACAUACUGAAGGUGGCCUAACUAUAAUUUAUUUUCAUUAGUAUAGUUAAGUUUUGAAAAAAAAUUAAACAUUUGAAUUUUGUUACAA